UACAAUUUCCGAAAAACAUUUCUCCAAAGUUGUCAAAACGGGUCCGAGAGGAAAAAAAUAAAAGGAAUAGUUCCCAAAACAAACUCAAAUUUCGCCCAGAAAAUAAAACCAAUAGCAAACUACACAAAUUGUAGUUUCUAAUCCAAAAAAUGCCAAAAUAGAAAAAAAGAUGUUGAAAUUGCACGACUCACUUUACCAGGACCCAUUAACCAUUACGUUCCAAAAAGAAUUGUAAGGAGAUCCUUUGCAGGAAGCUUCCCAGAAAGAAUAAAAAACAUUCAUCAAAACAAUCAGUCUCCAUACACUUUAACCCCUCAAGCCUCAAUUUUCUCCAUUUUGCCCCUUAAGCAGCUUUGAACCCUUUUCUGGUAAGUACCCAUAUCUGUUUUUGAGCUAUUUUUGUUAUUGUAUACGCAAUUCCAAGACUUUUAGUUGCUUUUGCUGAGUUAGAGAAGAUUUUAAUUGAAAACUGAGGAUUAUGGUUCUUGGGUAAUUUGAAUGUUUGUUGGUAAAUGGAGAAAUCUAAUGGUUUUUUCAUUAGAAAAAGUCCACGACUUCGUGGGGUGUUCAAUAUUGUAUGUGCCCUAGUCCUAAUGUUCAUGUUUUACAACCGUGAAGACAUUUUGGGCAAUCCAAUUUUAAGGAAGUCAUCUUUAGUUUCUAGUCAGUGGCAUAAAAGGAGUAAUUUUGAUGGCUAUUCUUCACAUACACGAGUGUUUCGUCGAGGUAUGUUAGAAGUAAACGCGUCUGAUGCUAAUGAUUUCGCGGUAAAACAGCCUCAGUUAUGUGGAGGAUUGUUUGAUCAUGUGGGGUUUAAGAGUAGUUGUGAUUUCUUGAAAGCGAAUCCGGAUUGCUCGUCUGGAGGGUUCUUUGAUUACUUAAAGUUUUAUUAUUGUAGUUGUAAUGGGAGCGCGUGGGCGUAUGUAGUAUUUGGUGUUUGGCUUGCUGCAUUGUUUUAUCUUUUGGGUAACACUGCAGCUGAUUACUUUUGUGGGUCAUUGGAGAAACUGGCUAGCUUGUUGAAGCUAUCUCCUACGGUUGCUGGAGUUGUUUUGCUCCCGCUUGGUAAUGGUGCUCCGGAUGUGUUUGCGAGUAUUGCUGCGUUUGUAGGAAGUGGUGCUGGUGAUGUUGGGCUUAACAGUGUUCUAGGUGGGGCUGUGUUUGUUACUUGCAUUGUUGUAGGUGCUGUUUCUCUUUGUGUAGCUGAUCAGGAUGUUCAGGUUGACCGGAAAUGCUUUAUUAGGGAUAUUGCGUUUUUCAUUGUGACGUUGAUGGCGCUAUUAUUGAUCUUGUUUGUUGGUGAGGUUAGUGUUGGAGCAACUAUUGCAUUUGUGUUGAUCUAUUUUGUUUAUGCAUUUGUUGUUGCUGCCAAUGAGAUUUUGACGAAGCAUGCUCGGAAAUUGAGAUUGGAUGUUGUUACCCCUUUGCUUCCUGUAAGAGGAAGUAUGUUUUCUGAAGGGGCUCAGGAGGAUGACUCUGUUUAUAGCUCUUUGCUUGACGUUGAGACAGAAGACAACAGCAUACAGUCACAUGGUUCCUUGCCUCAGUGGAUGUGGGCCUCCAACGUGGCAAUAUAUUCUAAUCAGUCAAUGAAGGGGCAUGAUGGGGAAAGGCCUUUGUGGGGUUGGAUUGACGAGGGUGUAGAAGACAACAGCCCGUCAUUUUCAUGCUCUCAGCUCUGUUCACUUCUAGAGUUGCCAUUGACUGUGCCAAGACGAUUAACAAUUCCCUUAGUCGAGGAGGAAACUUGGUCGAAACCAUAUGCUGUAGGCAGUGCUGCUUUAGCUCCCGUUCUUCUUGCAGCUUUAUGGAAUACUCAAGACGAUGUGGGUUACCUAGGCAGCAGAAUUGCUAUAGUUCUUGGCAUUUCUGUUGGUUGCACAUUGGGUAUUCUUGCAUACAAGUACACAAGAGGUGACCGUCCACCUCAGAGAUUUUCUCUUCCAUGGGUUUUAGGGGGUUUUAUUAUGAGUAUCGUUUGGUUUUAUAUGAUUGCAAAUGAAUUGGUGGCCCUGCUGGUUGGAUUAGGUGUGGUACUGGGGGUUAAUCCCUCGAUUCUUGGGCUCACUGUUUUGGCUUGGGGGAAUUCAAUGGGUGAUCUGGUCUCAAAUGUUGCUUUGGCGAUGAAUGGUGGAGAUGGUGUGCAGAUUGCUUUAUCUGGAUGCUAUGCGGGUCCCAUGUUCAAUACACUUAUUGGGUUAGGAAUCUCAUUAUUCCUCGGUGCGUGGUCAGAGAAACCUUCUUCUUUCAUACUUCCACGGGACAGAAGUUUGUUUUACACCAUAUGUUUCCUCAUGUUUGGUCUUCUAUAUGCCUUAUUUGUUCUUCCCAAGAAUGACAUGCGCCCUAACAAGAUGCUUGGUGUAGGCCUUAUCAUCAUCUAUGUGGUGUUUCUGUCUGUUAGGCUGAGCAGUGCGAUGGGAAUUCUUUCAUUGUUUGGGCUUAGUGACUAGUUAUUGCUAGUUCAAAAAGGUUGGCAUGGAAAUCAUCUGGCACUGAGAUUCAGAUUGUCUUAAUUGACUUGACUAGUGAGCUUCAUUUGUAUCUUCACCAUGGGACAAAGUUCCAUUAUAAGGAGCUUGUUAUGCCCAUCAAUGAUGUAUUCUUCUGUACAAAUACUCAUAAAUGGUGUAGGCAAUGAAGCUAGUGUGGAGUAGGUAUGUGUUAGUGGCAUCCUAUUGCCGUAUGAGGCCUCUUAUUCUCGUCAUAUCAAGGGAGCAUGGCUCUAUUUCAGUCUCAUGCUGACAUGCUGUAGACGAGGCGUCCACUGAGGGGCUGCAGGAUGUAUUAGUUGAGGGAAGUGAAAAUUUUGGUUCUGAGUUCUUUGGUUUUCCCAUUAGUGCUAUUGCUGCUUGCAAAGUACAAUAUGUCUCUGCUCUCCAGUGGUUUCAUGCUCCAAUGUGUGCUCAUUAGUAGCUUCUUGAGGAAUUUCAUGGCUGUCUCUGCUCUCCAGUGGUUUCAUGCUCAGUAUAGCAUUGUCAGUUGUUCCUGAUUAUACAAAAAGUAUAACCUAGUGUCACAGUUGUUACCUUCUCAAAAAAAAAAAAAAAAGAAA